AUGCUCGAUAUCAUACAUCGAAGAACUAGGCAUUUUUCUAGAGUUCUGAACCGUCAGCAAAAUGACGACGACCACCACCACAGAGUCCAUUCUGAGCAAAGAUUCGCAUCCGAGAAACUCGGAAAGCUCUACAAUACUUACACGUUCGAGGAUGCCGUUCAAGCCUUACGGAAAGGAGAAUCCUUAUCUCUCGCGACACAACGGCUACUCUCAGAACUCAGUAAUGAAGAGCAGCUCUCUCUCUUAGAUGGAGAUGUACCCUUCUAUGCUGGACUUCGAGAAAUAUUAUGCGACAGAUACAAUCGCGUACCUUUUGUGAUGGGUUCCAUCCCCCGUUUGAAAAUCCCCGGAAUUCGCUUCACUGACGGUCCUCGUGGGGUAGUCAUGGGCGCAUCGACCGCAUUUCCCGUGUCAAUGGCCCGAGGUGCAACCUGGGAUAUAGAAUUGGAGCGCAGAGUUGGGCGUGCAAUCGGACUAGAAGCAAAAGCCCAGGGAUCCAACUAUUUCGCCGGCGUGUGUGUGAAUGUACCUCGCCAUCCAGCUUGGGGUCGGAUUCAAGAGACGUAUGGAGAGGAUCCGGUGCUAUUGGGAGAAUUUGGUCUUGCUCUUACACAGGGUGUGCAAGAACAUGUGAUGGCGUGUGUGAAGCACUUUGCGCUGAAUUCAAUGGAAAAUGCUCGCUUUCGUGUGGAUGUGACUGUUGACGAAGAUGUAUUGCAUGAGGUUUAUCUUCCUCAUUUCCGGCGGAUCAUUGAGGGUGGUGUGGCCUCGGUGAUGUCUUCGUACAAUUCCGUCAAUGGGGAAUGGGCUGGACAAAGUCAAGCUCUCUUCUCACAGACAUUCUCAGAGGAGAAUAUCGAGGCGCCUUUCCGACAACAAAGAGAGAUGCACCUUGUAGCAGCGCUGGAGUCACUGUCUGGAGAAUUAGACUGGUCAAUUGUGAACAUGGCCUGUUCAAGAAUUCUGCAGAAGGAACUUGAGUUCGCAGCGAACGAUAGUGGAAGCCAAGCAGAUCUCUCCGCUGUUUUCUGUGACCGGCACAGAAUGCUGGCGAGAGAAGCUGCCGGGCGCUCAAUGGUUCUCUUGAAGAAUGAAUCACUACCGAUAGACUCUGCCGCUUCCCGGCCUCUGCUUCCGCUGGACGCGAAACAGUUCUCGACGGUUGCCAUGGUCGGACGACUCGCUAAUGUUCCCAACACAGGUGACAAAGGAUCUUCUCAAGUCUUUGCUCCCAAUGUGGGAACACCAUUUGAUGGUAUAAAAGAAGCCUUUCCUGACGCUCGAAUAUUUCUCGAAGACAGCGAUUCUGCGGAACGGGCAGCAGAGUUGGCGUCAGAGGUCGACCUUGUUCUCUGUGUGGUAGGAUACGAUGCCACAGAUGAGGGAGAAUAUGUUGUUCCUUCAUUACAAUCUGAUCCUUGCUUACUGAACUUGUUUCCUCCUGCGAACACUCCGGAGGAAAAGGCAACACUUGCCAUUUUGAAAGGUCACAGCAAUGGUGACAAGUUAGAUUCUGGACUUGAAGUCGGCGCUGGUGGAGACCGCCGCUCGCUCCGACUUCGACCACAGGAUGUGGAGUUGAUUUCAGCCGUCACAGCGGCAAAUCCAAACACAGUCGUGUCCGUGAUAGCAGCCGGUGCCGUUAUCAUGGAAGAGUGGAUAGACAAAGUCCCUGCGUUGGUUAUGAGUUGGUAUGCGGGCUCAGAAGGCGGCGAUGGUUUAGCGGACGUCCUCUUUGGCAAGGUUGAUGCCAGCGGAAGAUUACCUUUCUCCAUUCCCAAGGAUGAGAGUCAUCUUCCCUACUUUGAUAUGGAGGCGACAAAUAUCAGGUACGAUAGAUGGCACGGCCAGAACUUGCUCGACAGGAAUGGUCACAAGGCGAGAUUUCCUCUGGGUUUUGGCCUUUCAUACACGAAUUUCUCGACCUCGGAGCUUCGAAUUGGCUCCUUGGGCUGUGGCAAUAAUUCGGAUACGUUACUGAUUCAUGUCAAGGUUUCAAACGAAGGUGCACGUCGUGGUAGGCAUGUUAUUCAGGUUUACGGACUUGUUGACAUGCCCGACUUUCCAUCUCGAGUGUUAUUAGGAUUCCACCCCAUGGAUUUAGAUGCAGGCGUAUCCAAGAACAUCAUGAUGGAUGUGUCGGUAAGACCUCUGCAGCGAUGGGUGGGUGGAACAUUUGUUUUACCAGGAAAGGAAGUCACAAUUGAGGUUGCCAGCUUUGCAGGUGACUCGAAGGCAGUCCGAGAGUCUACAUUUCUGCGCAGGGCAAGACUGUAAGCGGUAUUGGACAGCAACUAAAGCAUGAUCGGUGUUUUCAUAAAUCAGAAGAUCAGAGGAGAUUGAUAGCAC